AUCUCCGUACGGUAAUACCUCUGUACGAUACGGCGAACUCCCCUGAGAAACGAUGUAAUGCCGUGUCACAAAGGAUCUGCCUCUUUUCCUCAACCUGUCAAUCUAUUCUGAUAUUCCUGGGUAUUUUCUUCUUGCAACAGUUUACAUCGACGGAUUCUUUCCCCUACCUACAACACCAAUCGCAUUCAGUCAAUUGUCGACAAAAUGGCUUCUCCAGCCCCGCCUUCCGCCGACCCCGCGGCGCAAAAGGUGUUCACCAUCGGCACGCGCCAGUCGAAGCUUGCCCUUUAUCAGACGGAUCAGGUGGCUGCUGCACUCAAAGAGAGAUUCCCGGAUUAUACCUUCAAUAUACACUCGCGCGAAACUGCAGGGGACAAGAACACAAAUAUUGCAUUCCGUGAAUUCACGACGAAGAACCUAUGGACAGAAGAGCUGGAGGAGCUUCUCAAUGCUGGUCAGGUUGAUCUGAUUGUUCACUCCCUGAAAGAUGUUCCCACCGUCCUCCCUUCUUCCUGCACUCUGGGUCCCAUGAUGGAGCGCGAAGACACCAGAGACGUCUUGGUCAUUAAACAGGGAUUGUCUUACAAGAGUCUUGCUGAACUUCCGGCAGGCUCUAUUGUGGGGACGUCGUCUAUUCGCCGCACCGCUCAACUUGCUCUCAAGUACCCUCACCUGAAGGUCCUGGAUGUCCGGGGAAAUAUCGGCACUCGUUUGGCCAAGCUGGACGCAGAAGAGAGUCCGUAUACUGGAAUUAUCCUCGCAGCCGCUGGAUUACUGAGAUUGGAUCUCGGAGAUCGUAUCUGUCAAUAUUUGGAUUCCAAGAAUGGUGGGAUGCUGUACGCGGUUGGACAGGGCGCAUUGGGCGUGGAAAUCCGCAAGGACGACAAGCUCAUGCAACACAUGCUGAGUAGCAUUGGUCACGAUCAGACAACCUUUUCUUGCUUGGCUGAGCGGAGUCUGCUCCGAACCCUAGAAGGCGGCUGCAGUGCACCGCUGGGAGUGGAAUCUGAGUGGGUGCAAGGUACCGAUGGAUCUACGAAACUAAGAAUGAGGUCUAUUGUGGUGAGCGUGGAUGGUAGUGAGAGUGCUGAAGUUGAGGUUGAUGGUGUGGUUGAUUCGCCAAAAUCUGCCGAGGAAUUUGGCAUUACCGUGGCCAACGCAUUGGUGGUUAAAGGUGCUGGGAAAAUCCUUGAAGAUAUUCAACGGAACAAGAAGGCCCAGUAAUCAGGAUGUUUGUCGCCUGGCUACAGUGACUACAUGCAAAUACAUCGGAGAUGCUGGGCUUCUCCUCCAUUACAUUCACGAGAUUUGAUGGCUAUUUUGCAUAAACAAAAGGUUCC